AUGCCCCUGGGCUCAUGUACUAAGCCCCCGAAUGCACUACCACCAACCAGUCCCGAUCGCCGCGAACGAUCUGCGGUGCGCGCAUCAAUACGCAACUUCACCUCCCAGUGGUUCCUGAUUCCACAAGGAACCGCAAUCCUAGCUACGCUUUUGAAACAGCUCGACUACCGUUUCAAUGGCCUCACAAUUAUUUCCUAUCUCUUUUGGGUGACAGCCAUCGUACUGCUCUUUUCGAUGGUCAGCUUUUACCUCCUCCGGCUUACACUAUACCCACGGCGCGUUUUCCAAGCCCUCAAGCAUGAUGAAUCCGAGCUCGCGGGUUUGUCCAGCGUCUCCAUCGCAUUCACUUCAAUCAUCCAGAUGGCUUCUUUGACCCUGGUCUCGGGCUGGGGCGGGCCGUGGAGCAAGAUCGUCUACGUGCUGUGGUGGAUAGCGUUCUCGUUAGCUCUCGUCAUCAGCGUCGUCCUGCCGUUCAUCUUGAUCAAGGUCUACCCUUCAGGCGUCCCCCACAUCUCACCCGCGACACAACUCCCGUUGAUCGCGGCCCUGACGGCAGCGGCCGGGGGCGGGACGAUAUGUAAUACUGCCAUGCUCAGCAGCCAGCAGCAGAUCCCCGUCAUCAUCGUGUCGUACCUGCUCAUCGGCAUGGCGCUGCCUCUGGCUUUCGCCCUGGACGUUUUGUUCUGGGCCAGACUGUUGGGUAACUACCAGCCUCCGAAGAAGAAGGCGUUCCAGGACAUGAUCCUCUGCGGGCCCUGGGGGCAGUCUAGUUUCGCCCUGCAGAUGCUUGGGCGGUCGGUUGUUGAGGGUAGCUUCGCUUCGUAUGCGAGCGGCACGUUCCUAACGGCGGAUGCCGCCGCGCCUGUCGGCUACUCCAGCAUGCUUGCGGGCCUCGCUGCUUGGGGACUGGGCACGUUUUGGUGGUUCUUUGCCAUCAUGGGAAUCGUGCACGCGUUGUUCGAAGGGCGGCGGCCGACACGCAUGCCGUAUACACUAGCUGGCUGGGCACUGGUGUUCCCAUGGGGCGUAUAUACGAACGCUGCGAUACAGCUGGGCAAACUACUUGACUCGAAAGCCUUCAAGCCGCUCUCAGUAGCGACUUACAACAUGGCGCCAUCCGAACCAGAGAUUGCAAACAUCCUUCAAGAGAUGGUCGAUGGCUUCCGAGAAUGGCCUCUCGCACCCAUCAUGCACUUCCCGGACGAAGCCGGCCUUGAGUUUGAGGACAUCUUCUUCCCAUCGGAGGACGACGUGCCCCUCGAAGGCUGA